GCUCUCGAUUCGCCCAACUCAGUGCGGAACUGAAGGCCGCCAUAGCUGAACUGGAGUCUCUCGUCUCUGCUCCCGCCACGGCCACCACCAACGGGUCAACGAUAACAACUGAGGAGACCGCAAACCUGUCUGCCCGAAAGCGUGCUCUAAUGCACACCAUUAAACGAGUGGACAAGGAGUUGACCGAAUUGAAGAAGAGCCUUGUGGGUGGUGGUCAUGAGCGGACCGCCAGCGAGAGCGCUGACGAGCCGACGGCGGUGACCGCAGUUGCUGCAAAGAAAUCAGCAGUGAAGCAAUUUCUGCCAGACUCACUAGCUGCCGAACGUCUGGAAAAAAUUGAUAAGGUAAGAUGGUCAUCGAGUAGAACCUUUAACACUCCGCUGGUCGAAAUUGUUAACUUAUUUGAUUUUCCAAAAGCCUUAUUCAACAGUUCCAACUCCUUACUGUUUUGUUCUGUCCAUGUCAGGUUAAGCAGCAAAUUGUGGAGCUGGAGUCUGAACUGCAGAAAAAUAGGGACAAGCCGGAUGCGCUUACGGAAACGCGUCGAAAACUGACGGAAUUAAAGCGCAAGGUAUAG